AUGGGUGGCGCCGCCGAGACGGCGGUUGAGAUGACCACAUCGACGAUCAACGCUCCAGUGAAAGAGCGCAAAUUUCAGCUCGUCCGUGUCGAGGGCGCUUUCUCGCGUGGCCGUUGGCGAUGCGUGGAUUUCCCCGACUCUCGCCCGCCACCAGAACUCAUGGAAACCCUCUCGAAAUUCGACGCUGACGCUAAAGUAAUCGCUGCCAAUUUUAAGCCAAUGCCGGAAAACGAAAGCUCGACGAUUAUCGUCACAUCGAUUGUCCCCCAACCACCGACACCACAAAGAAUCAACACAGAAGAAGGAAAAGAUGUACACCAACCAACACUUCAUGAAAACCCGCCACUAGCUGAGAUCAAAGAAAUGGACACUCCGAGAAUCGAUGCCUCUCCUUUGCCUACAAUUCCUGUAAAAACCCCGGAUGUCGAAGAUGAGCAAUCGAUUGGGACAGUGAAUGUUGUAGCAAUUGACAGUAAAAUUGAGCAAGCAAUGGAUUUGGUGAAAACUCAUUUAACUUUUGCGGUUCGUGAAGAAGUGGAAGUGCUACGGCAUACGAUAAACGAGUUGGAGCAAAAAGUGGCAACUCUGGAGUCUCAAAACAACUUCUUGAGGCAAUACAUACCGCAAGAUGUCAUCAACAAUUUGCCGACUUUGAUUUCCCAGUAUAGAACUGCGCAAGCGGCUUUGCCACAAAAUCAGCAACCAUCUCAGCCGAGGACGAGCAGUGUGGUGAUCCCAGCUGAAUUCAAAAAUGGACAAUUCGAGUCAACGCUGAACAAUGUAGUGGCUGAAGUGAGGAAUGCGGUGAGCGGAGGGAAUUUCUCGCUUGGACAGCCACCAAAAAAGUUCUCGAAUCAACAGGAGCCACCUCAGAAU